AUGAGCGAUCGUAUGCAGUGUAAUAACGCGUACGGGCCUCGUCCGGGCGCGGCGCCGCGCGGCCCAGCCUGACGGCGAGCGUGAGUGCGACGAUAUUGGUCGAGAUCGAAGAAAAAAAUAAUUAAUUAAAGGGGAUCAUUAAUUUUAUCGUCGUAUUGCAACGGUGUGUACGUUUCAACGACGAGUGGUGACACGCAGUGAGAAAGAGAGAGUGCCGUCGCAAGAGGGAUGCAGGCCGAACUGAUGUACCGAAAACCGUUGACAAUGACGACGUCUCCGAGUCAGAGUUUUCAUCAUCCUGGUAGCGGAAAGAGAGAGAAUGGUGGUAGAGACUCGAGGGAGACCAUACACUCUGGCCACUUCAUGGUGUCCGAUUUCGAGGCGGAGGCCCAGGACGACGAGGACGAGCUAGCGGUUCCUGUGCCGGACGAAGAGGCUGCCAGGAUGGCGAUCAUCGCGCCCAUUGGACUGUUUUACGAGAGAUUUGCCAGUAAUUCAUCGAAUGAGAAGAGUUCUCAGCAGCUCAGCAUCGAGACGUCCUUGAACAAGCUGUUCCAGUGCAUGUCCCUCGCUUACAGACAGAAAUUGACAUCGCCCAAGUGGAAUCGGUUCAAAGGGAUCAGGCUGAGAUGGAAGGACAAGAUCAGGCUAAACAACGUAAUAUGGAGAUGCUGGCACAUGCAAUUUAUAUUGAAGCAGAACACGCUGGUGUGCCAGUUCGCAUCACCGUUGGAUGUUGAUACUCAUAACAAACCCGAGGCGGUGGUCUUAGAAGGUAAAUACUGGAAGCGAAAACUUGCUGCGGUUACUGCGGAAUACAAGAAAUGGCGUAUGUUCUACCGGAACAAGAUCCUUGGCUGGACGAACAAGGAUGGCAGCGAGAUGAAACCAUCGUCGUUUCAGAUGGAAUCGAUGGAUGUGUUAGAUUGGGACACCGGACUGGGAAACUCGGGCAACUAUGGAGCAGGUACAGGCAACAUACACGGAGGGACCACUGGGACUCCAGGAGGAGAGAGUAUGAUGGUUGAUGAGGAUUACAUGGAGCUUAUGACUGAUACGUUAUUUUCAACAAUCAGUUCGAAUCAACCAAUAUACUUUCCCGAUCCCAGAGAAAUUGCGCGAGGAGCUAGUCUGGCGGAUUUUAUACAACCCAGUCUUGGACCUCUUCAGCCGAAUUUAGAUGAUUUUAUGGACACCCUCGAGCCACUGCAAGAAUUUCUAAAUUCGAAGUUACCACCUGUACCCGAAGAGGACGAUAUGUUUCGAAACAGUAGCUUGAACGCGAACUAUCCUGAUCUCGAUCUGAUGACGCCUAUGAAUCAAAUGAACGAGCUAAGCCAAGAAUCGGCAGUGAAGAACGAUCAAGCUUCGCAACAGCAAGCGUUAACUCGGGACGAGCAGUCGGGCACUAUACAGAGUCUUCAGUAUACCGCCAAGAUAUAUACUCAAUCUCAACCGGAGCCAAAUGCGUUCAGGAAUAACAUAGCUCUUGGCGAGAAUUAUAAUACUAUACAACAAAGCUAUGAACCACCUCCAACGAGUCAACCUAUCAGGGAAAAGAGUCGACCAAGUAGGAUCUCUUCGAGAACUAGCCGAGUGAUUCAACAAGCUCAACAACAACAGAAUACGUAUCAAAGAACAACGCAUCAGCAGAAUUCUGCUUACCCACAGGGUUCUCAACAGUCUUAUGCUAUGGAGAUACAAACCGUUCAAUUGACACCUGUUCAGAACCAAAUGCAAUUGGCAGGGUUAAAUGACCAAUCUGUACACGCUAAUCAAAUAUCACCUAUCACUGGCCACGUUCAGAACUUGGUAACUGUACAACAAAAUUUUGGGCAGACAAAUUCCACGGUGUCUACUCAGCACAGAGCCAUCAGACCUUUGCCACCGGUCGCACCUGUGUCCACCAAGCCUUACAAAGUCGUUCAACCGCAACAGUGUUACAAAUUCUCCUCUCUUCCGCAAAGCUUUAAUGCGCAGCAAUGUAAAUUCAAUGCGAAUAAUUUCAAGACACACCCACCACAACAGGUGGUAUCGGUUACCGCAGAGCAACCAUCGCAAUCCCCGAUACUGUUACAGUGCAGAUCCUCGGGUUUGGAUCUCAGCACACCGACAACUGUACAACCUACAAAAUUGUUACCGCAACCUGGUGUAUCGAAUUCGGAGAAAGAGGAAGUUUUCGCUGUGCCCAAGUAUCAGAUGAAAACGAAAAAUAGAUCUCGAAGUAGUUCAUCGUUAACUGCUCCACGAAUGCAUCCACCGCCAUUAGUAUCAGCGGCGAGCGAUCCCGCUCUAAAUCUAAAUAACAAUGUUUUGCUCGCACAGUUACUCACGAAUAACACAUCUGGUGUACAUACAAUGAAUAUGCCGGCUGAUAAUAUAAUGCCGACAGUGAACCAAACAGCCGCUACAAUGAAACACAUCUUACCAAUGCUUCCACCUUCAGCUUCGCCCACGCAGGUGACGACCGCCCAGCAUAUUACAACUCCGGUCACUGUUCAGUCGAUGCAAACAUCAUCGAUGCAAGUGCAACCACCUCAGCAACAGGCUAUGCAACAGUCCACUUGCAGCCAGCAAAUAUUAUUAAGUACAAACGCUCAGUCACACCAGCAACAAAAUAGUCCUGGAUCACCGAAGGACAGUACAAACGCGCACAGCCCCCAGGCGUUAAGUUUAAGUCCUUUGCAUAGUCCAAUGAGCAUAGGAAGUCCAAUGUCACCCAGUCGAGGGUACAUAAAGGGUGAAACUGAACGAGCACAGUACAAAGAGCAGAGAAGAGUGGGGCAUACUCACGCGGAACAAAAGCGUAGAUAUAACAUUAAGAAUGGAUUCGACAUGUUGCACAGUUUGAUACCGCAGCUCAGUCAGAAUCCAAACACAAAGUUGAGCAAAGCCGCGAUGCUGCAGAAGGGGGCGGAUUAUAUCAGGCAGUUGAGGGCGGAGAGAAAUCAGUUGAAAGAGGAGAUGGAUAGCUUGAGAAGCCAAAUCGAGUGCCUUAAUACGUCGAUUAGUAAUUGUCAAUCUAUGCUUCCUGCAACGGGUGCUCCAAUUUCUAGACACAGGACUAGCAAGAUGAAGGAGAUGUUCGACGAGUACGUACGUACUCGAACACGAGAAAAUUGGAAAUUUUGGAUUUUCAGUAUAUUACUUGAGCCUUUGAUGAUUUCCUUCAACACGUCAGUGUCAACCGCGAGCAUCGAAGAUUUAUACAGAAGUACAAUGUUGUGGGUGGAGCAGCAUUGCUCGCUUGUCGAUCUCAGACCAGUAAAUAACAGCUGGCAUCAAGAAUCCUAUUAAUAGUCUUCAAACCAAUAAGCCGUUCUGAACUCCCUCAGAUAUCUGUGUACUGCCACUGAUAUUCUAUCAGAUCCUGGUCGUCUACCUGAAGAAGCACUCGCAGCAGUCAAUCGUACGGAACGACGACGAUCAACACAAUGACCAAUUUAUAUUAUGCAAAUUCGACGGCGAAACGUAAUUUGCAUGUACGUUUAAGAUUUAGUCGCAUACCAGCAAAAUAAAAGCAGUUACCGUAGCCAUAAGCCAGUUCUAGAAGAAACCGCGUGAAAAUUCUGAUGACAAUUUCUCUUUUUCCUUUGGUUCAUAGUAGAUUUUCUCCAGGUUUCCUUACGCAACGAUCCUGGUUAAAGAAAAAAGUGCAAUUUUUCCUUGUCCCAUUUUUUCGAAAUUGUGAUUAAAAGAUAGGAUGAUUGAGGAUUAUUAAUUGUAUAAAGAGCACGUGGAAAUGUACAUGAAUUUAAUUGCAAAUGAUUAACAAAAUGUGUAUAGACUGUUACAGAUUUGGAACAUAUUGAGAUUUGAACAUGUUUUUUUUUUAUGUCUCUGUUAUCGCAGUUAUGUUUGUAUCAGAUAUUAACAAAGCAAAGGUACAUUUAUAUUUAUUAGGUAAUUAUGUCGCAUCACGUAUUUACUUUCAUCCAGCGCUAAGAAAAAUUAUAUUUCAUGUUCGGAUUGCGAUAACAUUUUUAUGAUAAAUUGUGUUUUCGUUGACUCAUUUAACUCGUUAUAAUACUUGCCUAUAUAUUUUGGUAAUGUUUAAGGAAACAAUGAUGAAAAAUAUAUAGAGCAAACCAUUCCAUUAUA